CCUUCUAUAACUAUUCUAAUGGUAGGGUCUCCUAAAAUCUUGGCUGUGAUCGCAUGAACUUAAUUUAAUAUAUAUUAUGGUCUUAAAUCAUAAUAUAUACAUUGAUAACUAUUGGUUUCUGGCUUAUAGUCCUAAUCAUGUAUUGGUUUUUGGCUGAUAUAUAUAAAAAUAAAACAUGGGAAAGUUUUGGGAUUUGUUGUGGGGAACAGUCAGUAGUUGUUGGGUCACUCUGACUCGGAAGGCAGUGGAAGAAGAAGAAGAGGAAGAAAGAAGCAACUAUUUUGGCACAACUGUAGAUAAAGCAUUGGGUAAUUAUUAUUGUAAUUUACUAUUUAUCAGUGUCCAAUCUUUUUAGAAUCAAUUAAUGUUUUCUAAUUGCCGGUUAUGAUCAGUAACCUGUCAAUGGCUUAUCUUGCCCACUAACCCUGAAGAUCAAUGGCUGUAUCAAGAAAUAAGAAAAAUAUUUGUUAUGAUGAAAAUGACAUUUUUGCUUAAUUUUUUUUUAUUUUAUUUGGGUGGCUGUUUUGUUUUGUUUUGCCUUGUUUUUUUCCCUUAUAGUGAAUUUUCUAUAAUAUCAUAUUUUGCUGGUUUGCUUUGUAUCAGAAAGUUGCAAGGUGGGGAGGGAGGGCCAUUUAUUGAUUAUUCUUUUUUCAUUGCAAGUUGGGUAUUGUGGAUUACAUCCAUAUUUUUUCUGUCAUAGAAAUAAAUUCUCACUUAUACAGGACCUAAUUUUUUUACUGGUCUGAAUUUUGAAAUUCUAUAGAUAUAUAUAUAUUGAAUAAACAGACAUAAUUGGAGCCUUGUGGCUGCUUCAAUAUUUAAGUUCCUCUCUUCUUUCAUGGUCUUUGCAUUUAAGUACCAUAUUGUUUCAAGGAUAGAAUUUUGACCUUGGACAAAAUGACAACAAAGAGAGGAAAGCACUCCCAGCCUUUUUGGCCUUCCCUUGUGAUGAAAAAAUGGUUAAAUAUACAGCCUAAGGUGUAUGAGUAUAGUGAAGAUGAGGUCGACACUGAAACGGAGAGCGAAGAUGAUGCUUGCUCACUUAAAGAUGCCAGAAUGCACACUUGUGAGAGUCGUGCCAGUAGGAUGCUGUGGAAUCAACCUGUUUCGACUCAAACUUCAGAUAAAUCUAAUAAAAGCUAUUGGUCAAGACAUAAGAGAGGAAAAUCAGAAACCUUGCGCGUGCAGUACAUAAACACAAAGGAUGUGAGGGUGACAAUUGGCACUUGGAAUGUUGCAGGGAUUGCUCCAUCUGGUGAUCUUGAUAUCGAUGAUUGGCUUUCCACAGAAGAACCAUCAGACAUUUACAUUAUUGGGUUCCAAGAAAUAGUCCCUUUGAAUGCUGGGAAUGUACUUGGAGCUGAAGAUAACAAACCAAUUCCAAAAUGGGAAGCAAUCAUUCGAAGAACUCUGAACAAGUCCUUUGAACCUGAAGGCAAGCACAAAAGUUACAGUGCCCCACCCUCUCCAGUAAUGAGGACAUCUUCUGUUGCUGAUGUGCUUGCAGAUGACAUUGAUGCUCAUCCAUUAGAAUUGCAGACCAAUGAUUUUGAUGAUGGUUUUGACAUGGAGCGAGAAGAGUUUAACAAAGCAAUUGGUUUGGGAAAGAACUUACAGUUGAAAAGAAUAUAUGGGGUUGAUGAUAUUAAAUUGGACUGGCCCGAACGUUCAUUAGAGCCAACUCAACAAGUUAUCUCCACCAACUCAAAAUUGCGGAGGGUUCUCAGCAGUAAUGCAAGAAUUGGCUUUAAUGGCCUUGAGAAUUCUCUUAUGGUCAAUCAACAUGUGCCACUAAAUGGUAGUAGACUGAGAAGGUCAAGUCAUAGCUCUGGAAACCUUGGGUUGAUGUGGAUGGAAAAAGAACAGGAGCCAGAAGUUCUUGACACUGUCCUUGACUUGGUUGAUCUAUCUUCUGAAGAAGAAGAUGAUGACAUGUUUCCUGAUAUUUCAAAUGAUCAAGUUGGUGAUGAAUCUGUCAACACUGUGAAACCACGUCCUAGAUAUGUGAAGCUUGUCAGCAAGCAGAUGGUAGGGAUAUAUAUCUCAGUUUGGGUGCGUAAGAGGUUGAGAAGACACAUAAACAAUUUGAAAGUUUUUCCUGUUGGGACUGGCCUAAUGGGGUACAUGGGAAACAAGGGAUCUGUUUCAGUCAGCAUGUCACUUUUUCACUCGCGGUUGUGUUUUGUUUGUUCUCAUCUGACCUCUGGUCAGAAGGAGGGAGCUGAACAAAAACGUAACUCAGAUGUGAAUGAAAUCAUACGACGUACUCGGUUCUCACCAAGUGUCUUUGGUGAUCAACCUUUGACAAUUCCAUCACACGAUCAAAUAUUCUGGUUUGGGGAUUUAAAUUAUCGACUCAAUAUGUUGGAUCAUGAGGUAAGGAAGCUUGUCUCUUUGAAGAGAUGGGAUGAACUUCUAAAGAAUGAUCAGCUAACCAAGGAGCUUCGCAGGGGACAUGUAUUUGAGGGAUGGAAAGAGGGGGCCAUUGACUUUCCACCCACUUACAAGUAUGAGAUCAACACUGAUAGAUAUGUAGGCGAGAACCCGAAAGAAGGAGAGAAGAAGAGAUCUCCAGCAUGGUGUGACCGCAUACUAUGGCUCGGAAAAGGUAUAAAACAACUUUCUUACUAUCGGUCAGAGAUAAGGGUCUCAGAUCAUCGACCAGUCAGUUCAGUAUUUGCGGUAGAAGUUGAAGUCUUAAAUCAACGGAAGCUUAAAAAAGCUAUCAAUUUCACCAGUGCAGUAGUACAUCCUGCCGUUUUUUCUGAUGAAGAGAGGAACUAUGAAUAUUAGUAGAGACUAGUGUGUUGACAAUUACACUGACAAGGUUGAGGAAUGUUGUGAAUUUUUGACCAAUGCAUAGGAGGAUGCUGCUGUUAGGUACCAUGAGGGUCACUCACACCAGCAUGAAGAUUAUAGUUAUAGGAUAAGAUGCUAAUUUCUGAAUAUGACCAGGCUAUACUGAUACUAUACAGAGAUUUAGUGAAAUAGAAUAAGGUGUGAAUGUACAUAGGAAAGCCAAACCAAACCAAACAUGUCUAUUUUAUCAUGAGUAAUGAUAUGUGUACCAAAAAUUUUCACUCAAACAUUACAGUGACACUACCUUUUUAAAACAGUGAGUCCCAGUUUUGAUAAAUGUAAUUAGCUAGGCUAAACUGUCAUAUUUUUGUGUGUAAUAUUUAGGUGCAUAUUUUGAGUGCACAUGUCAUUACUCAUUUUAUCAUGGAGACCUUUCAAGACACUUGUGUUCAUUACUGAUUUUGGAUGUGGUUUUAUUCUUUAAGGGUUUUUAGCACCCUUUUCUUUGGCUCA